AUGGCAUCCAACAGAACUUGUCCUGUUUGCUCCGCCUGUCCCGACCCAAAGGCCUGGAAAGGCCAAUUAAUCGAUGGCCUCCUUGGGAUGGGUUUGUGGACUAUGGUGUGGAUUAUCCGGUUCCACGCGCUGCAGGUCCGACUAAAAGACUCGCAAAUGAUCAUCAAAAUGGCAUCAAAUGGAACUUGUCUUGUUUGUCCCAUCUGUCCCGACCCAAAGGCCUGGAAAGGCCAAUUAAUCGGUGGCCUCCUUGGGAUGUUGGCGCUGGGUUUGGUUUUGGGGACUGUUGUCUGGAUUGUCUGGUUCCACGCCCUCCAGGUCCGGUUAAAGGACCCACAGAUGAUUAUCAGGGCAGAAUACGAGGAGGAGAAGAGGGCACAGAGACCUCCGUGGUGGAGGUUCUGGAAGGGUGAGUAA